AGAAACACGGAAAAACAGGGAGAAUCAGGGGAAAACAUAGAAAAACACUGGAAAACACUGAGAAUCAGGGGAAAACAUAGAAAAACAUGGAAAAAGAGGGAGAAUCAAGUUAAAACAUAGGAAAACAUGGAAAAACAGGGAGAAUCAGGGGAAAACAGAAAAACAUGGAAAAACACGGAGAAUCAGGGGAAAACAUAGAAAAACAAGGAAAAACAGGGAGAAUCAGGGAAAACAUAGAAAAACACGGAAAAACAUGGGAAAACAGUGAGAAACAUAGAAAAACACGGGAAAACAGAGGAAAACGUAGAAAAACACGGAAAAACAUGGAGAAACCGGGGAAAACACAGAAAAACAAGGAAAAACAGGGAGAAUCGGGGGGAAAACAUAGAAAAACAUUGGGAAACAGGGAAAAACAUAGAAAACAUGGGGAAACAUGGAGAACCAGGGGAAAACAUAGAAAACACGGGAAAACAGGGAGAAUCAAAAAACAUAGAGAAACACGGAAAAACAGGGAGAAUCAGGGAAAAACAUAGAAAAACACUGGAAAACACUGAGAAUCAGGGGAAAACAUAGAAAAACAUGGAAAAAGAGGGAGAAUCAGGUUAAAACAUAGGAAAACAUGGAAAAACAGGGAGAAUCAGGGGAAAACAGAAAAACAUGGAAAAACACGGAGAAUCAGGGGAAAACAUAGAAAAACAAGGAAAAACAGGGAGAAUCAGGGAAAACAUAGAAAAACACGGAAAAACAUGGGAAAACAGUGAGAAACAUAGAAAAACACGGGAAAACAGAGGAAAACGUAGAAAAACACGGAAAAACAUGGAGAAACCGGGGAAAACACAGAAAAACAAGGAAAAACAGGGAGAAUCGGGGGAAAACAUAGAAAAACAUUGGGAAACAGGGAAAAACAUAGGAAAACACGGGGAAACAGGGGAAAACGUAGAAAAACACCGAAAGACAGGGAGAAUCAGGGGAAAACAUAGGAAAACAUUGGAAAACAGGGAGAAACAUAGGAAAACACGGGGAGACAGGGGAAAGCGUAGAAAAACACCGAAAAACUGGGAGAAUCAUAGGAAAACAUAGAAAAACAGGGGAAAACCGGGAGAAUUAGGGGAAAACAUAGAAAAACACGGAAAAACAGGAAGAAUCAAGGAAAAACAUAG